UCUCAUGAGAGGGAAGUAAACCGAGAGAGAGAAAGAGAGAAGGCCGAGAGUGUUGGGUGUGAGUGGGUGACCAAUAUAAGCGAGUCCCCAUGCUUGUGCGGGCAUUGGAGUUGGGGUAAAAAGCCUCGAGAGAGAGCGAAGCUUGCCUGCACUUUAUUCCCUUCAAAUUCGAUACUUUGCUCUGUAUCUGUACCCACAACGAGGUUUUCCUCUCUUUUAUGUCUUCCGCAUUGUCUUCUUCUAUCCCCAGAUUCUCAUACUCCUUCCUCCACUCCUACUUCGACGUAUCAUUCCGCCCUCUCUGCUUCUUUCCUUGGAACUUACUUUGUUUUCUCUCUUCCUAGUUCCUCCAUUCUCCCCAUUAUUAGAUUGAAACGGCCCAGUGCAAGUGAAGAAGCAGUAAAAAGCCCAAGUGGGGUUCAAUUUCUGACUGUGUUUGGUAUCACAUUGGUUUGAAUGCCGAGAAACUGGGUUUUGCUCUGCUCUCACUAUUGUUCUCUCUGCAUUAUUUAGAAAGCGUUGAUUUCCUCCAUUGCUGUCUUUUUCCGCUCUGGUUGGUUCCUGAGUUUCCAUCUCCUCGGUUUGAUCACCAAAGUUGUUAUGAUUUUUUCGUCCGUUUCAGUCAGAGACAAAAACAGAGCCAGGAAUCCGACAGAAAUUCGUUUCAUCUACAUCCGUGAAAACAUGAAGAAGGCAUUGCAGAAGGAUUAGCUAGCACUGUCCUUUCUGUAAUCAGAGAUAGCUAUAUGAAGUUCUUCCAACAAUGGGAGAUGAGAACUUGAAGAAAAGCAAGCUUUCAUGGACCAAAAUAUUAGUCAAGAAGUGGUUCAAUAUCAAGAGUAAAACCGAGGACUUUCAGGCAGACGAUGUCCUUUAUGGAGUUGUUGAUGAGGAGUGGAGGAGCGACUAUCCAGAGAGCGAGGCAUGCACCAUCAAGAAAAGCAAAACAGAGAGAUCGAGCCGGAAGCACUUGGACAGAAUGCAGCGAGGUAUGACCGACCAUGACACAGCUCAGGUUCCAGAAGUGAAUAGUUAUAGAAUUUUUGUUGCUACUUGGAACGUAGCUGGAAAAUCUCCUCCUACUCAUCUGAACCUUGAAGAUUGGCUUCACACUUCUCCACCAUCCGAUAUCUAUGUUCUUGGGUUUCAAGAAAUUGUACCUCUUAAUGCUGGUAACGUUUUGGGCACAGAAGACAAUGGCCCUGCUAGAAAAUGGUUAGCUCUUAUCAGGAAGACCCUGAACAGUCUCCCUGGCACGAGUGGUGGAUACCAUACUCCUUCACCAGUCCCUGAUCCUGUUGUAGAGUUAGAUGCUGAUUUUGAGGGAUCAAUGAGGCGGAAGGCGACCUCUUUCUUUCAUCGGAGGUCCUUCCAAUCCUUGAGCCGUAGCAUGAGAAUGGACAAUGAUAUGUCACUACCACAAGUACGUCUUGAUCGCCGCCUCAGUGUCUGUGAUAGGAUGAUUCUUGGUCACAGGACAAGUGACUAUGAUCCUAAUUAUAGAUGGAAUUCCUCUGAUGAUGAAAUUGGAGCUGGUGAUUCCCCAGUUACAACACAAUAUUCUCCGUUGUCAUAUAAUGGUUCUUUCUCUAUGGAGGAUAGAGACAGGCAGACAGGACAUUCGAGAUACUGUUUGGUUGCCAGCAAGCAAAUGGUUGGGAUAUUUCUUACGGUCUGGGUGAAAAGCGAUAUCAGAGAUGAUGUUCAUAACUUGAAAGUCUCUUGUGUUGGCAGAGGAUUGAUGGGCUAUCUCGGAAAUAAGGGUUCAAUUUCCAUUAGCAUGUCCUUGCACCAAACAAGCUUUUGCUUCGUCUGUAGUCAUUUGAGUUCUGGACAAAAGGAGGGUGAUGAGCUUAGGAGAAAUUCUGAUGUAAUGGAGAUCCUCAGGAAGACAAGGUUUCCGCAGGUUCAUGGUACUGGCGAUGAAAACUCUCCUCAGACAAUUCUUGAACAUGAGCGGGUUAUUUGGCUGGGGGAUUUAAAUUAUCGGAUAGCCCUUUCGUACCGUGCGGCAAAAGCUCUCGUCGAGAUGCGGAAUUGGAAGGCUUUGUUAGAGAAAGACCAGCUGCGCAUAGAAAAAAGACAAGGUCGUGUGUUUGAAGGAUGGAAUGAGGGGAAGAUAUAUUUCCCUCCUACAUACAAGUAUUCAAAUAACUCAGACAGAUAUGCAGGUGAUGAAAGACACUCAAAACAAAAACGAAGAACUCCAGCAUGGUGUGACCGUAUCUUGUGGUAUGGAAGAGGUCUCCGCCAGUUAUCUUAUGUUCGUGGAGAGUCAAGAUUCUCUGAUCACAGGCCAGUUUACAGCAUAUUCCUGGCGGAGGUUGAUUCUAUAAACCGUAGCCGAACAAAAAAGAAUGCUAGUUCCAGGAUUGAAAUCGAAGAGUUGUUGCCAUAUCCACAUGGUUUUAGUUACGCUGAACCAAAUCUCUACUGAAUGCCUAGCAACUCUUUGUUCUUUGAGAUCAGCCUGAUGAUUUCACAAAACUGAAACAGCAAAGUGAUCAAGGUGGGCACUAGUGUGAGAAACGCUAGCCCCAGUUGUGAUGGAGACUUACUAAUACCCACAAUCUACUAAACAAGGAUGUGAGCUCAAGUUGGCGGCAACACAGGGUCGAAGAUUCUAGCGUUUGGCUUAUGAUUAUUCUUUAAGAAAAAGCAGGAAUAAACACAUUUGAAAUUAUGUCAAGCAUUUAUCAUGUUUGAUCCGAGGCAGGAACAUAAAAAGAAUUUACAAAAGGGAUGGCUACUCAUUGCCGUUGUUAGAAAAAGAGAUGUGCAAGUUCUGACGUAUCUGAACCUUCUUUUUUCGUAGCAGUUAAUGAUUUCAAUGGGAAGAAUGAGAGCUAAGGAGUAAAUGUAUAUAUGUUAAAUAAAAUUCCGUUUUUUCUAUUUUUCUGAAUAAGAUGAAAAUCACAACACAAGGAAAAAGGAGGUGCGCACAAGUUAUACGGCUUUAUUAGCUUUUAGCAGCAAGUCAUUAUUUGUUGUGUGUACCAAGUUCCAAAAUUAAACAAGUCUUUCUUUUCCUUUAA